UCUGGCGGGUGGCGCCUACACUGCGGUCACAGUUGAGAGGCGAAGACCUGAGUGCGCGUUUCCAACAUGGUUUUCGUCGCAUUACAAAACAUCCUCACCGCCAUCUGGGCACUUGGUCGCGUCGUCAGCAUCGCUGCUGAGGCAGUGUGCCCGCCACUGCGGUCUCUCACGGUGCGGGUGGAGUGCGUCCGGGGCUCCGAGCGCGUCAACUGCACGGAGCAGCCCUCCGCUCCAGGAACGGUGGCCAACUUCAAGUGCAAGGACUUACACCAGCUGGUGUUCGACUUCCAGCCUCCCGCCGGCUUCGAGUCUCACUGUGGCUCGGAUGGCGAGUGGAGCGUCCUGCCGUUUCGCUGCGCGCCAAUUUGCGGUCGUCCAACGGGGAAGCUGACGGCGCUGGUGCGUGAUGGAGAAGUUGUAACUUCCGCCGCGGACUUCCCAUGGCACGUGACGGUGUACGACAAGGAGCAGAACAUGAGGCAAAUCUGUGGCGGCUCCCUCGUCUCGCCUAAGUUCUUCGUGUCCGCGGCCCACUGCUUCUACUUCGAGAACCCCACCACCGAACCCCAACGCCUACCCGCCGAACGGUUCAUGGCAGGCUUCGCAAAGACAAAUAUCAACGCUAACGUGACCGAGCUAGGGGCGCAGUUCCGGGCGGUGUCGCAUAUUCACACUAAGAACUACGGCGGCGUGAAGCUCCACUACGCUAACGACAUCGCGCUGCUGGAGCUGGAGAGCGAGGUGGCCGUGACUGCCUGGACGUUACCUGUGUGCGUCGACUGGAAUGGGGACCUGCCGGACCUACGCGGUGGCGAGGAGGGCACAGUUGUCGGGUUCGGCCAAACUUUGCUGCGAAGUGAAAACCUGUGCUACGCCAGGUUGCCGUACAUGGAAAGGGAAGUGUGCCAGCAACUCGUCGGCAAAAGUUUUGAAAUCUACAACACUAUGCCCGACAAGUUCUGCGUGGGAUACGUCAACAACACAACCGUGGCCAAAGGUGACAGUGGGGGAGGUAUGGCCUUCCCCUACAGGGACCGCGCGUGGUACCUUCGCGGUGUGGUGUCCGUCGGGAGCGUCUCGAAGAUUACGCUCUCCUUUUUCACCAACGUGACGACCUUCUUGCCGUGGAUGUCCGGCUUCGUCCAAAAGGGCGUGCUGAGUGCGCGCCACUGCGGCGUGGACGUGGCCGAGUCCGACGUCGUGGACGGCGCCACAGCGGGCCGCCAGGACUUCCCCUGGGAGGUGGACGUGUACUUGAAGCAAACCUCGGGCCAUGCUUUCGAGAGGCUGUGGUCUGGCGUCCUAAUCAAGCCAAACUUGGUCAUCACCUCGAAAAAGCAGAACCUGGGUAGGAGUGAUAACCUUCUAUUGCGCUUGAUUUUCCUGACUGAAUACCCGGCGUCCGCAUUCCGAGUUGCUUCGCGCCGAAACGCCCAUUCCUCUCUGACUCUGGACGGCACUUCGGGUUAUGUGAGUGAGGUUCUGCGCCUGAUCGAACCGAAGGACGUGCAAACCUACGCCGGCCGCUACGACUUCAUCGUCCUGGAGCUGAAGCAGCCCCUGAACCUGAUGCCGGUGUGCGUGGACUGGACGGGCAGCGCCCAACUACAAAAGCAACGUGUGGGAACGACCUUUUUCGAGACGCCGUCGAAGAACAGUCGCAUGUGGAAACGAUUAUCACUCCUGAAGGGCAACGGUACCCAGUGCAACUUUGCUAGCUUCUACUUUUGCACUUUCCAUCAAGGAAUGGAACCAGCCCAUCGAUCGCGCAGCAUCUUGGUCAAUGUUUACGACUCGUGGUACUUGAGGGGCGUUUGGGGCAUAAGCUCAGAUACAAGCACUCCUCGGGACGGAAACGGUUCUCUGGCAUUGUUCACGGAGAUGUCUGACCCGGAUGUGUUGCGGUUUCUGGUUGAAAUCAAGGACAGGUUAGGCAAGCCCACGUGCGGAAACGUCAACCUCUGCGAGCCGCUACUGGGGCUGAAGCAACGGCCCGGGCACAUGCCGUGGAACGUGGCGGUGGCAGGCAGGGGAGGCGAAGUCGUCGGGUCAGGGCUGCUACUGCAUCCAAAGCUCGUGGUCACAGCUCGCGUGAUCCUGAAAGCAGCCCCGGGUGGGACGACGGUCAACAAUUUCUCCCCCAACACUCAGAGAAAAAUUAUGGUGUACAGUACAGAACAGGACGGCACAACAAAAGCAGCAUCGGUGGUUCGGGUGGCCAUGUACGGGGAGAGCACUUGGAGCAUAGGCAGUAGUCGCAACCCCGUGCUCUUGGAGCUGGCUGCCGAGGACGCCAUCUUCUCCACGCCGGUGUGCCUGGACCUCAGCGGUAACGUGCUGCAACCGCUUGUUCCAGGACUGGUAGGGUUGGUAGAGCGGUGGGGCGAGACGCAGCCAGCGAACCACAGUAUGAUUGGCGUGCCAUAUCUGGGUCUGGAUGAGUGCGUCAGAAAACAGGCUGACUACGACAGAGACGUGGCAGCGAGCGAUCUGUUCUGUACGGAAGGACCAAAUGGCUCCAUCGGUAACAAGACGCAAGGUGGCGGUUUCCUGGUGAACACCAACUCCCUGUGGUACUUGCAGGGACUGUAUGUGGAUUAUGUGGUGCAGCGUUCAUCCGACCUGCUACUGGCCGCAGACAUGAGCAACGAGAAGUUGCGGUCCUGGUUGGGUCAGGAGAUGAAGAAACUGGAGAACCCAAAAGAGGAGCGCAUUGCCGACCAGGGACCAAAGAACUGCCAGUACGGGCGGCCUGACAUAUCUCAUUGCGGCGUGUUCGUGUCCGUGAACGAGCACCCCGAGGACGAUGGCUUCGACCUCUACAGCAGGGCGUCGUCCGACCACAUGCGGUGGAACGUCCACGUGCUCGUGGACUACGAUGCCAACGGCUGGAUCUGGAGCAUGCAUGGAGGCGCCUUGAUCAAGCCCAACAUGGUUCUCACGACUGCCAGGCACCUCGUCGUCGCGAGCGCGGCUUCAAACAACACCGUGGAGCCGAUUCCUACCAGCGCUGUGCUCGUCAAGUACACUCCCGUGGACCGCAGGGAACGGCGCACCGCAGAGGUGCAGCGAAUCCACAUCCGAGCGCGACCCAGGGCCCAGCCUCAGGACUCCACCCACGACCUCGCCGUGCUUGUGCUCAAGACCGCCGUGCCCCUCACGCCCGUGUGCUUGCCGUUGCCGGCUGGCAGCGUGCCGCGGCUCGCAGCGGGUUCGGUUGGCCUGGUUGAGUACAAUGCCGACAGCAUCGACUCUGCAAGCAUCAACUCGUUGGUGCCCGUCCACUACCGCACCACGGACGAGUGCAAUGGCCUCCUCAAUUCCACCAACGCGGUUUCAUGGGCUGAGGACGAAUUCUGCGCUGAGACUUAUUUCGUGGACAUGAAUGAGGGUGACGCAGCUGGGAUCGCGCCAAUGGGCUACGCGCUUUCCGUCAUGACCAACGGCCGGUGGUAUCUCCGCGGCGUGUUGAGCAGCUCACGGCGGGGAGACAUUCACUUAUUUGCUAGCCUGGAUGACCCCGACGUUCUCGAGUGGCUGGUCGCCGUCGGUCACUUCGCCAUUCCGGAGGGCGAAGCAGGUGGGAAGCUGGGCCAAGGGACCUCCAGGACCAGCGCGAGCACUCCGUCCGCGACGGAAAUGACCAUUUUGGCGCCGAGGAACGACGUGCCUACAACGCCGCGCACUGAUGCGCCUCGACGCGAGUGCGGCCAGACAACGCUGCCACUGGCUUCCCUGAGCGCCAAUCAGAGCAUAGUUGGCCACCUGUCCUGGACCGUCGGCGUGUUUGUCAGAAUAGAGGGAGAUGUCGACUUCUACGAUGUAAACGAGGGGGUCCUUGUGGCAGACAACCUUGUAAUCACUGAUGCCAACAUCCUGGUGGUUCCCAAUGGGCGGAGGAACGACUCCGGCGACGUCCGGCUAAAGACCGCAGAUAUGCUGUACGUGGUGUGGGUUAGCCCCAAAGGAAAGAAGACGAAGGUUGAGGUGACCUCCCUGCAAGUGCACGAGAGCGACCACGCACCAGCCCGCGACCGUGCUUGGGACCUGGGCCUGUUGGUGCUCAAGACCCCCAUCAAGAAUGGUGUCUUCCCCUGCCUCGACCUGGACGGCUCCGCGCCAAAUCAGCCGCCCCUUGUCACGUCAAAAGUUGGCGUGGUGGAGACAUGGCGAGGACUUUUCAUCUCGAACCACCACAUCCUGUUCGCACUGUCCACCCUCAGCCUGGAGGAAUGCCGCGCGUGGCUGCAUGGGCACAAGAGAGUGCCCUCCUCCACGGACGACGUUUUCUGCACGAUAUAUGCCAGUGAGAUGGUGAUGCAAGGGACUGCCUUGCUGGUGCAGGAGGGCGGCUCUUGGUUCCUGCGCGGCAUCAUUUGCCACGGGGCUGCGGGCGUAUACGUCUUCACAGACUUAAAUGGAGACAGCGUCAGGAACUGGCUGCGCGAGAAGCUACACCUCACGUCAAACAAUGACCUACCGGAAGUCAAAACAAUCUCGCCACUGCCCGGCGCAAGGCACUUCUUCUUCGAUGGCCUAGCGCUGGACCUGGGGCUCAUCUCGCUCUUCGUGGUCAUUGCUGCAGCGGGGGCUUACUUCUUGCUGAUCACGUUCUGGCCGAACAGAAGCCAUCAUGUCGUGGCUUCCCGUUGCCAAUGCUUCGCAGCCUUCAAGCGCCUGGUGCCAACGCCUGCAGCGAGGCACGCGAACACGGUCGCCACGGACCAGGACAGUUACGUCGACCAAGGCAACAGCGACGACGAAGAGACCAGACCAGCUCUCGCCGUAAUCUUCAACAACGAGGCGGGCGCGCAAAUCCAAGCACGCGAGUGAUGUUAGACCGGCGACGCGGUUGGGAUACUGCUACGGCUACCUACACUGAGAAUCUAAACGCUAUGAAUAUAGCGUCAAUUAAUGCAAAUGCAAAAGCAUUUUCAGCAAGAUGAAGAGAAAAUUUCCAAUGCACUUUCGUCAGUUUCAAAUACUUUUUGCCAAGGGAAAUAAAAGUAUUUGUUAACAUAUCUCCCUGAAACCGCUCACUAAACUUCUUACGGAUACAUCUAUAUGUAUGUAUUCCGGACAUUUUUGUGCAAUCGUAAUGAUGGACGGAUUUUGCUUGUGAUACGGAUGAUUCCAUCCAUGCAUGGUGUCCGUUAGGAGUUUUGAGUGGGGUGCUCGCUUCCUACUGCCUUUCUUCCCAGCGUCCGGUUUUGUUCUUUCCUCUUGUUCUUCGAUCGCCAGAAUGCUCUUUUAACGACAAUCUGUUUCUUAAUUUGGUUAGUGACAUAAUCGGUCUGAUACGAUUUUUUCGCAAUUAAAUGAACGGUUUUGUAUGAGAAUAUCGUAAAAUUUUUGAUGUCAAAUUCCUAUACAUGUAUAUGAAACAAUUCACAUAUACAUGUAUAGGAAUAUUACCACACAGUGUGUGAUCCACACACUUGUAUGGCAAUUUUCCUGUACAUCGGUAUACCAUUAUGACUAUACGUGUAUAGGGGUUGUCCUAUCUGUUGUACAGGAUUUUUCCCAUGCAUCGGUAUAGCAAAAUUGCAAUACAUUAAUAGAAUUUCUCCAAUUUAAGAAAAAUUGCAAACUCUGCAGGCCGCAAGACUGAGUUAAUCGUGGCAGAUAUUUUACUCAACGGGCAUGGUUCUCGCCGGUUUGACAUGAUGCGUGUCGUCCGGUGAGUCGGUUCACCACUUGGACGAAGUCCGACAUCACCAACUGUCCUCUCCAAGAUAGAAAGGAAAUGUCCUAGUCAAAAAUUGUGGAAGAAGUUGUAUACUAUUUACUUCAAUCAGAAUUUUUUUUUACCUCAAUCAAUGGACACGUUUUCUCAAUAAAAUAACGCACAACACAACAGUUUUUAAACUAAUUUUUGAUGUUUAAAAACGCAGUUUCUAUCGCACCAACCAAAAGGAUAUGACGUACUUUGCUCAUAGGAAAAGGAGAAUUAUCACCCCUGAAA